GCGGAUUUUUGCGAAGCCCAUAUCAAGCUUAUCGUACCCGGUAAAAAGGUAAAAACGCGAAACAGGGGCGAGUUUUAGAAACCCUAGAAUCCAAGAUUUUUAGGGUUUAUGUUUUCAAAUUGGGGUUUCGAAUUUGGGGCUUUUUGAAAAUUCUUGCUUGAUUAUUGCAAUUGCCGAUGGAUGUUGAGGAAAGGAAGCUUUUUGUGGGAGGUAUACCGCGAGGGACGAGCGAGGACACUCUAAGAGAUCACUUCAGUAAAUACGGUGUCGUUUCGCAUUUACUGGUGGCCAAGGACCAAAUCACUAAAUUACCGAGAGGGUUUGCUUUUGUUGUGUUCUCUGAUGCUGCUUCUGCUACCAGGGCUCUUCAAGAUAGCCAUGUUAUUCGUGGAAGAACGGUAGAAGUGAAGAAAGCAAUACCCAAAACUGAAAAACACCAAGAGCACCGGCAGCGCCACCCCUAUGGUAACCAGGAAACUGCUAGCAAUGGGUCGGGAAUGAAUAGUGAUAAUAGUGCUGGCAAUGAAAAUUAUUAUAGGACCAAGAAGAUAUUUGUGGGAGGUUUAUCAUCUAGUCUAACUGAUGAACAGUUUAGAAAUUACUUUGAAAAGUUUGGUAGGACGGUAGAUGCAGUUGUGAUGCAGGAUAGUUCAAACAAGCCUAGGGGCUUUGGGUUUGUCACCUUUGAUUCCGCAGAAUCUGUCGCCAAGGUUAUGCGCAACAGCUUUCAUGAGUUGAAUGGCAAGACAGUGGAGGUUAAGAAGGCUGUGCCAAAAGAUAGAGUAAAUGGUGAUAUCGGUAGCUGUAGUUCAAAUGGCUUCGCUGAUAAUGGUCCGGAACCUGAAAAUCACCCUUUCUAUGGUCCAACACACGACCCACAUUAUACUCCUUUUCUGAUGUACGCUGGUGUUCAUGGGUAUUUUUAUGGAAUGAGUUUCUAUGGGGGUGUGUAUCCUCUGGUAGGAUUUGGAAGACCUGUUUUGGGUGUUUCACCAAUGGUCCCUACCGUCCCAUUCAUGCCUGCAGCUGGACCGUUUCCUUACAGCAAUGCCUGUUUUUAUCCUGCUUACAUGCAUGAUGAGAGUAGCACUUGGGCUAUGGAGGUUGUUGGGCAUAAUCAGAUUGUUGAGCCUGGUGUGAAUGGUGAAGUGGACGUGGUUCAUGACAGCAAUGUUCAUGUUCCAUCCAAUGCCACAACGCCUCCGAGCAAAGAGGGCAAUGUUGGAAGUGAAUCUUUUGGUUUAAAAGGUGGCGAUGUGGAUGCAGUUCAUGACAGCAAUGGACAUGUUGUGCCUGAUAUGAAUGCUGAAGAGGUUGGUGGGUGUAAUCAGGUUGUUGAGCCUGGUGUGAUCGGUGAAGUGGACGUGGCUCGUGACAGCAAUGGAGAUGUUCCAUCUAAUGCAACAGCACCUCCGAGUGAAGAGGGCAAGGUUGGAAGUGGCUUAAAAGGUGGUGAUGUGGAUGCGGUUCCUGACAACAAUGGACAUGUUGAGCCUGGUGUGAAUGGUGAAGUGGACGCAGUUCAUGACAGCAAUGGACAUGUUCCAUCUAAUGCAACAGCACUUCCAAGUGAAGAGGGCAAGGAUGGAAGUGAUGCUUUUGGUUUAAAAGGUGGUGAUGUGGAUGCGGUUCCUGACAUCAAUGGGCAUUUUGAGCCUGAUGUGAAUGGUGAAGAGGUUGGCGGGUACAAUCAGAUUGUUGAGCCUGAUGUGAAUGGUGGAGGGGACGCCUUUGGUGACAGCAAUGGACAUGUUCCGUCUAAUGCAACAGCACUUCCGAGUGAAGAGCGCAAGGUUGGAAGUGAUGCUCUGGGUUUACAAGGUAGUAAUGAUGGUGCUCUGAUUAACGGAAUAGAGUAGGUCUUGGAUCUUGAUGGACAGUUGAAACCUUUACCUGUAGAUAAUUCUACCUGACCUUUCGUUCACUGAUUUGGUGAGGGCAAUAUAACCCACCACUUUUCAGAUGUCCAUAUCUUGGAUGUGAAUUCUGCGCCAUAAAACAUUUUGCUUGCCAUGCCUCUCUACUUUCAAUCAUUUGUUAACAGAUGAUUCAGUCCUCUCAACAUAAAUUCAUUUAAAUUCAACUUCGGUCCAUGCUCUUCAUGUUCUGAAGGAGCUCGUGUCUGCCGGGAAAAUCGUGUUGCUGUGGCUCAUUUAUAAGAACUAUUCAUUUAUACUCUGUUUGUUUUUUUUUUGGGCAAGCCAUAAUGUAAUUGUUGUUGUUAUUAUUAUUAUUUGCAAGCCAUAAUGUUGUUGUUAUAAUUAUAAUGUGGUUAUUUUUUAUAAAAGAUUCAAUUUUUAGUAA